GGAGCGCGCUGGGGGCCGUUGGAGUCCAGCAUGUCCCGGACCCCGGCGGCGCUGCUGCUGGCGCCUCUGCUACUCCUGCAGCUGGCGACCCCUGCCCUGGUCUACCAGGACUAUCAGUACUUAGGGCAGCAGGGCGAAGGUGACACCUGGGAGCAGCUGAGGCUGCAGCAUCUAAAGGAAGUCGAGGACUCAAUCCUUGGCCCGUGGGGAAAGUGGCGGUGUCUCUGCGACCUGGGCAAGCAGGAGCGCAGCCGCGAGGUAGUGGGCACAGCGCCGGGCCCGGUUUUCAUGGACCCGGAGAACCUGAUCCAGUUACGGCCCUGCCGGCAGCGGGAUUGUCCAUCCUGCAAGCCCUUCGACUGCGACUGGAGGCUCUGA